AUGGCGGGUUGCUUUGAAGACAGAGUUGCUGCUCUCUUCCCUAAACCAGCAGCAGCAGCAGCAGCAGCAAGUUCAGCUGGUGCUGCUGCUCUGGAUGUCCCAGCGGCUGCUGCUCCAGCUGCUUCUGCUGCCAGCAGCAGCAGCAGCAGCAGCAGCAGACAGGUUCAAAAGCCCGAACAAAAUUCCCUCGCCGCAGCUAGCGAGGUAGCAAAUGACGAGCAGCAGCAGCAGCAGCAGCAACAGCAGAAGCAGCAGGAACCGAGGGCUGCAGCGGAGUGGGUCCUGUCCGCUGGGGCGCCUGAAGGUCGGUGGCAGCCGCGAGAUAUUGCACUGCUGCUGCGGCGGCUGGAGAUGCUGCAGCACCCCCAGCCAGCAACAGCGGCCAAACCCAGCAGCAGCAGCAGCAGCAGCAGCAGCGACAGCAGCAGCAACAGCAGCAGCCAGCGUCUAACCCAGAAGGAAGCUCGCGCUUUACGGAUGCUGCUGUGCUGCCCUUCAGGGCUGCAGGCGGUGGGGGGGGCCUUCAUUGCUUUUGACAAUUUGCAGCAGCAGCAGCAGGAGCAGCAGCAAGAGCAGCAGCAGCAGGAGCAGCAGCGGCAGGCCUUGCUGACAGCACUGCGAGACCUAUCAUGUGCAACGUCUCUUGCUGAAGCUGCUGCUGCGAACUGCAUGCAGCAGCAGCACGAAAGCAAGCGCCCUGCUUCAGAGACACAGCAGCAACAGCAGCUGCAGCAGCAGCGGCCGUAG